CGUGAAUGACAAGCUCAUCAUCAAACCGUGGCUCAAAAUCGAGGUCGACGUUCUCCGCAGUCUCUGUUUACUAGACGUCAUGCUAUUCCAUGCUGUGUUACUUCAUGCCCUCCUCUUUGUGUUCUCGAACCUGAUGGGUUCAGCCUACGGGUAUAUCCCAGCGCAGCCUUCCAACGUCACGAGCCAGGUAGAUGGCAUGAAUGCAUCGAGAUUGAUUCUUCAGUGGUACCCGAACGGCUCGGAUUGGGAGUACGUAUCCUAUCAGCUCGUGGGCGCAGGUAGCAAUGGUACCACUAAGGGGGCCCUCGUACACUUCACUGAGAGUUUAGCGAUGAACGAGACCACAACUACCCCUUGGAUAGCCCUGGUAUCAUGUGAUGCUAAUUCGACAAACUUCUCUGAAGAGGUCGACAUAUUUACAAUGGCAAAUAACGCAGGCGCUCAAUCUGCUCUUCUGUAUUCUGUUUAUUCCAACACCUGCAUCAUCAAUCCAGAGUACGCUGAUCCCGCUAAUUUUGACCAAGUCUUCGAUAUAUUUUCAACCCAGUCGACAUCGGUUUCGAGAAAUAUUCAAUACGAGUUCGGACAAGGCGGAGGCACGAAUCUAUCUAUUUAUGGGAAUUUCGAUGCAGCUACGUUGAAUGCGUCCGAAGCAAGUAUCAACCAGUCUAUAAACUCGGGCUAUGCUACCGUUCCCGGCUAUCUGCUUGCAACCUUGCAAGCUUGGAAUGCGACAGGAACUAACUCUACGGGGACAAGUGGCAAUAACAAUGGGUCCACUGGCUCGACUACGAAUCAAGACAGUAAAAAAGGGACAGGUUUUACAAUGAUCAUCCUGUAUGCUAUCACAGGCUGCGUUUCAACUCUAUUUUGCAUCGUCAUCAUCUCAGGGGCAAUUAGGGCUAUACGUCAUCCCGAGAGAUACGGUCCCCGGAUUGCGAAUGGUGACCUUGGGGUUACACGCGGCGGGAGCCAGAGUCGAGCCAGAGGCCUUGGACGCGCCAUUUUGGACACGUUCCCUAUCGUGACAUUCGGCACUGUGCCGGAUCCUACUUAUCCACCUCUCAAAGACGCUGAAUCGCCUCCAGUGGAUGCUGAUACAACACCGCAACAGUCGAGUGAUGCAGUGGAGAUGGGCACCAUCUCUGGUCAGGCAGUCCAGCAACCAUCACAAUCAGUGAGAAGGACUUAUGAGAGAGACAUUUCUACUACUGUUGCCACAACAAGCGAACAUGGUCGGGAGGACGCGCAGUCCGAUGCACGAGCUAUACCUCGGUUGACGCCUCUACAACUACGCGCUAAUUCCGAAGCGCCAUCAUCUUCAGCACGGGAUGUCGAUCCGUUAAUGCCAGAGGCAAUCGGACGUGAGACAUGUCCCAUCUGCAUCGUUGACUUUGAGGAGGGUGAUGAGCUAAGAGUAUUACCUUGCGAGGGAAAACAUCGUUUCCAUCAGACGUGCGUUGACCCAUGGCUUUUGGAGCUUUCUGGUUCUUGUCCACUGUGUCGACAAGACUUUUACGCUCUUGAAGCGAUGUUGUCAGGGCACACGGGUGAUCGUGACGCUUCUUCUGUGUUUCCUUCCAACCGGCGUGCCAGCCAAGCGCCCUCGACCCAACAAAAUCGCUUUUCACGCUAUUUACGAUCCGCACGGCGACACCGUGAACGUGGAGAAAAUGAUGCUACAGACCCGCCUAUGUCCACAACUGUUGACCAUCCGCUAUGACCCCUUUAGAUAUUUACCCGUAUUUAUUUUUCACCGAGAUCAAGUUGUAUACAUAGCAUAGAUCCCUGUAUCGUACGAGCCUUUGUAAGGUGGGCGAACCUGUACUACAUUCCCGAAUUUAUAUUGCCAGCUGCAGUACGUCUUCGCGAUUGGCCACAACCUUCCAACCGGCACAUCCAGAGGUGGAUGUCUCUUGGCCGACAC